ACUGUUCCUCCAUCCAUGCCAACCUCUCUUUCUUCCUCUCAAGGACGUGUUCCGGGCCCCUUCAGCGUCUCCUACGCAGCAGCUAAGUUCGCCGUGGAAGGGUUCUUCACUUCGCUGCGCACCGAGUUGCGCCUGCGGAACAUGGACCUGCCCAUCACUGUGGCUGUGCUGGGCUACAUCGACACGGAAAUGGCCGUGAAGUCCGUGGGAAACAAAAUCACGCAGAAGCCGAGCCCCAAGGAAGAGUGUGCCCAGCGGAUUGUGAGGGGCGGAGUGUUGCGUUACCGUGAGGUCUUUUAUCCUUACUGGGCCCUGAAGCCCACCCUGAUCUACCGAGAGCUGCUGCCAGACCUCAUGGACCAAGUCAUAGGCUACGGCUACAGACUGGAGAACAUCCUCUAAAACUUAAAAGGACCACCCAGCAUCGCCAUCCGUGUCUCCCAAAAGAUCGGGACUGCUCGCUAGUUACACCCGCAGCGUUUGUGCCGAAUGCGAGAGGAAACGAAAGUCUCCUCUACCCUAGCAGAGGAGAGCCAGGGACAAAAUGGCGCCAUUUCCUUCUUCUUCCCUCAGCUCACUCUGUGUAGAACCCAGCAGUAAAUCAAACUCUUCUCAGGGUGCCCAAUUUUUCAAGACCCGUGUUGGGGAAUCUGGAACCAAAUACUUACUGAACCUACAGACUGUGAUCAUGGCAGAGAUAAGAGCUGGGACCCAUAGUAUGUAUUUAGUAAAGGAAGUCACACCAUGGUGAAAACGGUGCAACAUCCCGUUAGUAACCCUGAUUAACAGGAAAAAAAGGAAAACAAGACCCCCUCAUGCCUUUUUAGCCUCCAGCCUAUCACGGAUAUCAUGAUUAAUACAGAGCCGCAUGGCGUAUUUCCUGAGAGUCCAGUCCCUCCACAAGGCGAAUCUCUCAAUGCAGCACACCCACGUAACGCAAAAGUUGGAUUCAUACAAUACAUCAAACCGCAACGUAGCCGAUCCCUGUUGAACACCGAGGGUGCAAACCCAUCUCAUGUACUCAGUUAGGGGAACGCGGUGCUGGACAAGCCCAGAAAACUGAAUUGUUCAUGUAAUGUUCACUAAAUCAAAAUUAUCCUGAGCUGCACAAAUUGUUUUAUUUUUGAUGACAAAGGCAACAGAAGCAUCUUGUACUGCUAUCCUCAUACUCAUCAAUCGCUAGAUUUGCAGCCCAGAAUGGCUGGUGUGAGGGUCAGAUUCACUCUGCAAGGGCCAAGGGUGAUCUCGGCCGACAGCACCUGGCCCUAGAAGUCACGGAAGCAAAAUCUUUCUCCACUUAAGUAAUGUAAAGUUUUCAUAAAAUUGCAGAAUGUCAGGGUCGUUUUUGGGCACGUCUGCAAUUAAAACACAGUCUGGAA